AUGGCGAACCCAACUUCUUUCCUAUUCCUCCUUUCUCUGACGCUGCUUUUGCUACAAUCUUACCUAUUUAGCUUUGUUAAUGCAGAAAUUCUAAACGUUACCACCGAUAAAUCUGCUCUUCUUGCAUUGAAAGCUCACGUUUCUUCUAAUGACCCUCACCAUGUUUUGAUAAGCAACUGGUCCUCCAAUACAACUAUUUGCACUUGGGUCGGUGUUACCUGUGGUUCUAAACAUCUCCGAGUCAGAGCAUUAGACCUUUCCUACAUGGACCUUGUAGGUACCAUUCCUCCGCACAUUGGAAAUCUUUCGUUCCUGGUCAGUCUAAACAUAAGAAACAACAGCUUUCAAGGCUCAUUGCCAAAUGAGUUGUCUCGUCUUUAUCGGUUGCAAAUCCUAAAGUGCAGUUAUAAUGAAUUCAGCGGAGAAAUCCCACCAAGGAUGGGUUUGCUAAACAAACUUCAAAUAUUGUUUCUCAAUGGUAACAAUUUUGAAGGUAGUAUUCCACAGUCUCUAUCAAACAUGUCAUCAUUACAACGGAUAAGUCUUGCAUAUAACCAGCUUUCAGGCUCCAUACCAUCCUUUAUAUUCAAGAUGCCUACCUUGCAACAAAUUGUCCUCCACUCAAAUAAGCUUUCAGGUCCAAUGCCCUCCCUUGACUUCAAUGCGUCUUCACUAGAAUACAUUGACCUCAGUGAUAAUGAGUUAUCUGGUGAACUACCAAUGUUUGAUCAUCUUCCCAACAUACAAUAUCUUUCUGUCGCCAAGAACAAUUUCUCUGGCGUAGUCCCAGAAAUAGGGAACUUAACCAUGCUUUCAUGGCUAUACCUUAAUGAAAACAACUUUGAAGGUACGAUUCCAUCCUCCUUGCUAAAAUGUACACAGCUGGAAUCUAUAGAUAUGGGGAAGAAUAAUUUCACAGGAAGACUACCCCCAGAAAUAGGGAAUUUAACUAUGCUUAAGCACUUAUAUCUUUCCUGGAACAAGUUUGAAGGUUCAAUACCGAGUCAAAUUGGAAAUCUGCAAAAACUAAAGCUAUUCGGUAUUGACUUCAACUAUUUGUCUGGACCGAUUCCGUAUGAGAUCUUCAAUAUCUCAACUUUACGAAAUCUUUUGUUGGUAUCAAGUAAUCUCUCAGGUCACCUUCCAUCAAAUAUGGGCCUUUUUCUUCCAAAUCUUCGGAUCCUUACUCUUGGUGGUAAUGAACUGAGUGGAAUGAUUCCCAACUCUAUUGUUAAUGCUUCACAGCUCUUCAUUCUAGAUUUGAGUUGGAACUCAUUCUCUGGCUCAAUUCCAAAAACAAUUGGUAAUUUAAGGCUCAUCCAGAUUCUGAACCUCGCCUCAAAUAAGUUGACAAUUCAGUCUCCAGAACCUAGGAGCAUUUUCUCUUCUUUGUCGAGCUGCAAAAAGCUCAGAGUUUUAUUUUUGCACAACAAUCACUUGAAUGGCAUCCUUCCCAAUUCCAUUGGGAACCUCUCAACCUCUCUUCAAAUGCUUAAAUUACAUGACUGCAACAUUAAGGGCAACAUUCCAGAAGAGAUCGGUAAUUUAAGUAGCCUGAUUGGUUUGUCCCUAUCCCACAAUAAACUGGGAGGACCUGUUCCAACUUCAAUUGGAAGGUUGCACAAGCUCCAAGGUUUGCUUCUUUAUGGUAAUAGACUAAAAGGUUCAAUACCAUAUACGCUCUGCCAUUUAGGAAGCUUGGAUACACUAAGUUUAAGUCGUAAUGAGCUUUAUGGACACCUUCCUGCAUGCAUAGAUAACAUGACUUCACUAAGAAAUCUUGACUUGGCUUUCAACCAAUUAACUUCUUCAAUUCCUUUGAGUUUGUGGAGGCUUAAAGAUCUCUUGUUGGUUGAUUUAUCAUCAAAUUCUCUUAAUGGCCCUCUAUCUUUAGAUAUUGGGCAUAUGAAUGUCUUGAGAGGAUUAGAUUUGUCAAAAAACCAAAUAACAGGUUGUAUCCCAGUUACAAUUGGUGGGCUAAAAAAUAUUGCCAUUCUAUCUUUGGCAGUCAAUCGACUAGAUGGCUCAAUUCCUACAUCUGUUGGUGAAUUGGUAAGCUUAGAGGUUUUAGAUCUUUCCUACAAUAACUUAUAUGGAGAGAUUCCCAAGUCCUUAGAAGAACUCUCAUACUUGAAAUAUCUAAAUUUGUCAUUCAAUAAACUGCAAGGAGAAAUUCCUUCCAGAGGACAGUUUGUACACUUCCUAGCUGCAUCAUUCAUCUCAAACAAUGGACUUUGUGGUGAGGCUCGAAUGCAAGUCCCCCCAUGCAAAGGAAAAAAGGCCAUAGGAAUACGAAUACUGAAAUAUGUGUCAAUUGCAAUGGGGUUAAUGGUACUUGGAGUGUGUCUUGUAUUUCUCUCAAUAAAACGCUGUAAGAGGAACACUAAAUUGUCACAUGACACGAAUUCAAUGGCUUUAGCAACAUGGAGGAGAAUUUCACAUCAAGAACUUAUUCGAGCAACAGAAGGGUUCAGUACAAACAACUUACUUGGAGAAGGGAGUUUUGGGUUUGUUUACAAAGGAACACUCUUAGAAGGUACAACUGUUGCUAUAAAAGUUUUCAAUUUGCAAGUGGAGGGGGCAUUCAAAAGCUUUCACAUAGAAUGUGAGGUAUUACGUAAUAUUCGUCACCGGAAUCUUGUCAAAAUCAUUACCGCUUGUUGUAACAUGGACUUCAAAGCCUUGGUAUUAGAAUACAUGCCUAAUGGGAACCUGGAUAUGUGGUUGUACUCUGAAAACCAUUGCUUGAAUAUGUUACAAAGGGUAAAUAUAAUGAUUGAUGUGGCAACAGCAAUAGAAUACCUUCAUCUUGGUUACGCAACACCUAUUGUUCAUUGUGAUCUGAAGCCUACCAAUGUCUUAUUAGAUGAAGAUAUGGUUGGACAUGUCGCUGAUUUUGGCAUCGCCAAACUCCUUGGUGAUGGAGUUUCAUUAACACAAACAAUGACUCUUGCUACAAUUGGAUAUAUGGCACCAGAGUAUGGAUCUGAAGGACUUGUUUCUACAAGGGGAGAUGUGUAUAGUUAUGGCAUUUUAUUGAUGGAAACUUUCACAAAAAAGAAGCCCACAGAUGAUAUGUUUACCGGAGAAAUGAGCUUGAAGUGUUUGGUACAAGAAUCAUUAGCCCUUUCUGUACUUGAAGUUGUUGACCCCAAUUUACUAAGCAACAAAAAUGAUUAUGCUGCAAUGGAGGAGUGUUUGCUAUCCACCAUGGGAUUGGCUUUGCGUUGUUGUGCUGACUCGCCUGAACAGAGGAUUGGUAUAGAAAAUGUUUUAGCUACACUCAACAAGAUCAAAUUGAAGUUUCUCAAAGAUAUUAGUGGACGCUAAUCAUGUGAUAGAAAAAGGUUAGUUUAUAGCUAUUGAUUUCAUGUUUAUGGCUUUCCAUAUGGUAAUAUUUACAGUAAACUGAGACUCUCCUGAAAUGAGACUUUUUUAUGGUAAUUAGUUUGUCAUGAGAUUGCUAGCUAAUAGAAAUGAGAAGUUUACAUAUGUUGCAGCUGAUCAUUGGAGCUAAUAUCGUUAGCAUCCAAUGGGUUUUGAAAUCAUAUUCAAAGCAAUGGAGGCAAGUAAAAGCAUUGUUUCCACUCUUGUGGCAUGAUGGAAGAGGAGUUUUUUGUCUUUUUAUUUUUAAUUGUGACGUUAAUAUAUAUCAUUGUCUGUAGACAUGCUUACUACAGAUUAGGGAAGGGUUAGGCUGGUUUCAAGUAUAUAUGGAAUCUUACCUUUUUCUGUACAUGCAGUUACUUGAAAAUAAGUACAGAGUAGCAUGAAUUCUUGCCAUUUUGUACCCAAGUCUCUUCAACAUCAUCAUUAUUAUAUCAUCAUGAAAAAAAACAGUUAGUCUAAGGAAGCCAUUACUCUGCUAAAUUUAUGUUUACUAUACAAGAAUCUAAUCAAAUGGUGGAGAACCUCAACCUAAGCUUUCUUUUAUUCAUUGGAAAAAAAAAAUAAAAUACUUAUGCGAAUGUCAAUGAUGUGAUUUAUGCAGGUUAGUUGUAUUUUCUGUAUUUCUCAAAAGAUGUCAAAAGACUCAUAUUAAAUGUGUUGGACAAUUCUUUCAACGGGCCUUUAGCUUCUCUUAUCUUGUCUUGUCUUUACCUUAACUGGAUUGUUUUAUCUUUGUAUGCAAGUAUGUUAUGUUUGUUUGUGUUGUUUGGUCUUAGUUUGUUUGUGUAAUGUUUAGAUUGAUUUUAAUACUGGUUUUCAUACCUGGGUUGGGAUUUUAUGAUUAUUUGUAACCCUCAGGUGAUUUUGAUUGUAACCACGG